UGUUAUUUUGCACUUGUACACACACACCCGCGCUGUUGUACUGGAGCGUCUUCUUAUGUAGUGUCAGUAUCAUGCCCGCGUGAAUAUCCUAAUUAAAAUAGACACUAUGGCGGAUUUAAGGGAGUUGAAGAUGGAUUUUACUCUGAAAGAACUGACUCUUUCUUGCCAUGAAGAUGCAGAUAUUCCCGGCAGCUCGUCCAGCCUGGAGCUGAAGGACAAGAAACUGGUGUGUGUGGAGUAUCCGGCGGUGGUUAUCAGCGUGGACAAGAUGCUGGAGACUCUCGGAGGGGAGAAAGCUGUGUCUAAAACCUUCGCUCACCCCAACAGGCGUCUUGAGCUGCGCUACCGACCUCAGGACCCUUUCUGUCACCCUCUGUGCGGAAACCGCUUCCCAGCAAGCAACCUAGUACUCAGAGUGCGGCGACGGGUGAGGAAAAAGGACCCCAAGGACGCUGAGAUCCACAUGGAUAUACUUGGUGUCAUAGGAACGACAUACAAAUUCCAAGGGAUGGCAGACUUUCAGUGCCUGGCUGUGCACUCAGAAGGUGGAAAAGACACUUCUUUGUACGACAAAAUCAUCCUCCGCAAAUCAGAGAACCAAGAGUUCUUUGAGAGGCCCGUGCCCCUCUUUCUUCCCCCGGCCAUCUUCUCACGCCUCGACUGUCCUGUGGAUUAUUAUUACCGGCCGGACGUCUAUCAAAAGUCACUCCACGAAUUUGGUAACAGCAGGAACUUUAUAGGUUUGAAUCGAGCUCGACGGCCCCACAAUGCCAUUUUUGUCAGCUUCACUGAGCCCACUGUGCCCACCGAGUGCCUGGAGGCAGCCAAGACCAACUGGGCGCGAGUCUCCGUGAAGGAGAGUGACAGGCAGGCUGAGGAACAACUGAGAAAAAUGUUUGAGAGCCGGCCCAUCUGGUCACGGAACGCCGUCAAGGCCAACAUCAACAUCCACCCUGAUAAACUCAAACUGCUGCUGCCCGUCUUCGCCUACUACAUGGUGACAGGGCCGUGGAGAAGUCUGUGGGUGAAGUUGGGCUACGACCCCCGAAAGAACAGAGACGCCAAGCAAUACCAGCUGCUAGACUUCAGGAUCCGCUGUAGCACCAAGCACGGGUAUUCUAUAGCUGACAUGCCAGUAAAAGCCAAAAGAAGUGCCCUUAACUACAGUCUGCCUAUCACAUUUAACAAAUCUGGUCCACAGGCAGCAAGUGUGAUGGAACUUCCUGCUAAGGAGGGUCCAAGCACUAGUCGAGAUCCUGUCCAAGUCUCUUACCAGCUGAAGGAGGCUUCCUACAUUUUCAGAGAAGGCAUGCUGCCUCCUCACAGACAGAUGUUUUACCAGCUCUGCGAUUUGGAUGUGGAAAGUAUCAAACAGGUGAUUGAGCAGAAGGCCGAUGAGCAGGUGUGUGACGAGCGGGACGGCUGGUGUCGCCUCGGGACCACCGACAACCUGAGGGACAUGAUCUCUGCCAUGAUAAAGAAGGUCAUCCGAGCCCAGAAACCAGGUAAGCAGAAUAUCUCUCACCCAGAACGGCUGCCCCCAUUCAGGGUCGCUGUAUGGAAACGUGUGAUCACACAUUGUGUGUUCUGGUUUAUAAGAGAUGGGUGA